UUUGCGACCUAGGCAACACUAGUUAUCGGUUGGUUAUUAAAACGUUUUGUUUAUGCGGCAAGAAGUUAAUAAAAUUCAAUAAAAAUGUUAUUUUAUUCAUUCUUCAAAUCGCUGGUCGGCAAAGAUGUUGUGGUGGAGCUUAAAAAUGAUUUAAGUAUUUGCGGUACUUUGCAUUCGGUGGACCAAUAUUUGAAUAUAAAACUCACAGACAUCAGUGUCACCGAUCCUGAGAAAUAUCCCCACAUGUUGUCGGUGAAAAAUUGUUUCAUACGUGGUUCCGUUGUACGCUAUGUCCAACUGCCGGGCGAUGAGGUUGACACACAAUUGCUGCAAGAUGCUGCUCGUAAAGAGGCGGUUAGCUCUAGAUGAACUCCGUAUAGCAUUGAUGGCUAUAUACUACUCUAUGGAUUAAUAAAUGUCUAAUUUAGUUUUGAUUUAAGACUUCAAGUGAUACGAAAAAAAAACGUGAAAUGAAUUUUAUAACAAAAAGAAAUAUAAAAUGAAAAGUCAAGAAAACCAGCAAGCAAAUUCCAAAAAUCUACAAUAAAUAGCAAAAUAGCAUUUAAGGAAAGAAGUAAGGAGCCAAUACUAGAAUAAGCAAGUCAAAGUCGGGGAAUAAUAAAAACUCGAAACCUUA